AUGAAAAUUUCUGUCUUUGCUCUCCUUGUCCUCGUUGUAUUAUCUGUUUUUGCUACUGUUGCUAAAGCUUAAGAUGAAUAAAAAAAAACCAUAAAAGUAUACAAUAAGACUGAAUAUAAAGUUAAAUGCCUUAUUGGUGAAAAGGGCUGUGAUUGCUGGUCAUGCAAAAGUUUUGAUGAAAUUUUGAAAUGCAAAUAUACUUGCAAUCAUGAUUGA